UAGUGUACUAGGGAGGGAUAUUUUGUAGUGUACUAUACUUACACAUGGUUACUAGGGAGUGAAGACUGCAUCAUGGUGUUCGAGUCCGUGGUGAUAGAUGUAUUGAACAGGUUCCUAGGAGACUACGUGGUGAACCUGGACAGUUCGCAGCUCAAACUUGGGAUAUGGGGAGAAAAGCUUGAAUUGAAGAUCCCUUGGAAAAAUCUGUACAAUCAGUCUGUAGAAGCUACAUUAGCGGGAGUGUACCUUCUCAUUGUUCCCACUGCCAGUAUAAAGUAUGAUGCAGAAAGGGAAGAAAAACAACUACAAGAAGCCAGACAAAGCGAACUACAAAGGAUUGAAGAAACCAAGUUGAAAGCCGAAGAAAGAGAAAAACCUAAAGAAGAAAAACAAGACACCUUUGUUGAAAAGUUAGUCACUCAGGUCAUUAAAAACCUGCAGGUUAAAAUUUCAAAUAUCCACAUUCGUUAUGAAGAUAACAUAAGUAUUGACUUUUAUAUCACUAAUCCUAAAAGCCCUUUGUCAUUUGGUGUGUCGCUUCAAAAUCUCAGUCUUCAGACUGCAGAUCGAAAUUGGAAACCAUGUCUUCCAGAUGAAACUAGCAAGUUGUUCUUUAAGCUUGUACAGCUGGAUAACCUAUUUGCUUAUGGGAAUGUAAACUCAGAACUCUAUUCUAAAGACAGCUCUAAGGAAGCCCUGGGCAACCUGAAGAAUGGUGUUGCAAUGCACAUCUUAAUUCCAGAGGGUUAUGAUUUCAUAUUUCGUCCAAUCUCUGCCAAAGCCAAACUUCGCAUGAACCCUCGUUCAGAUGUUGACUUUUCUUCCCCAAAAAUUGACUUGGAGGUGAACCUGCAAGAGGUUGCCAUAAAGCUUAACAGACCACAAGCUUCAAAGGCAGGUUUAAAAAUCUACAGACCAGGGGUGAAAGUUGAAGAGGAGGAAUCAGGAGGCUGGCUUGGAUGGAUGUGGAACUGGUCAGGAGAGAAGCAGGAGCAUAAAGAAACCAAAUCUGGAGGAUUUGAUGAAUUGAUGACCCCUGCAGAGAAAGCUAAAUUGUGUAAGGCCAUUUUUUUUUUUAAAGCUAUUAACUGUUUUGAAGGCACAUAUUUGAAGCUGUUAAGCAUGUCUUUUUCAAUUAAAGAAGACUGUGGCAAGCCAGAAAUUGUAAAAGUUUCUAUUAUUGAUUUACGUACAAUGCUGACUCAAAGACCAGGAGCACAAGCGAUAAAACUAUCUGCAAAAAUAAACAUGUUUGAAGUUACUGGACUGCUGCAAAAUCUGUCAACCCCAAUUCUUCUGACCUCAAGAAGUGCUGAAGUUGAGAAUAAGAAUCCUCUCCUCAGCCUCCUGUUUGAAACAAAUCCUUUUGAUGGAUCUGCGGACCAGAGGUUAAGAGUUGAAGCACAGCCUUUGGAAAUUGUGUAUGAUGCAGUAACUGUGAACAGUUUGUCAGAAUUUUUCAUGCCUCCCCAAGAUAUGCAGCUGGAAGAGUUGACUUCUGCCACUUUGAUGAAGCUUGAAGAAUUCCAAGACAGGACAUCAACAGGAUUGAUGUAUGUUAUAGAGACCCAAAAAAUACUGGAUCUGAAAAUUAACCUCAUGGCUUCCUACAUAAUUGUUCCUUAGACUGGCUUCUAUACUUCCUCUGAGAAUAUACUUGUCCUGGACCUUGGUCAUCUCAAAGUAACCAGUAAAAGUCGUAAAGGUCUGCCACAGUUAACAGUAGGACAGAGCUGCAUUGAGGAUAUAAUGUCCAGGGCGUAUGAGAGUUUCAAUGUGGAGUUGAGCAGUUUGCAAUUACUGUAUAGCAAACCAGAGCAAGACUGGAAGAAUUCUUGGAAGUCUAAGCAGUCCUCCCUACACAUUUUGGAGCCUGUGGAUUUGAGAGUAGACUUUAGCAGACCUAUGGUUGUAAGUGAUCCAAGGAUGCCAAAAUUCAAAAUUUUUGGUGAAUUGCUUUUGCUGUCUGUUCGCAUUUCGAAUGAAAAGGUCAGAGACGUUCUUGCAUUGAUUGACAGCAUUCCAUUGCCAAAAAGCCCGCGUGCCCCGUUUGCCUCAAAUGCUCAGAGUACUCCACAGGCCCGGAAGUACCCUCUUACCAUGACACCACAGUUAACCCCAAGGAGUCAACCCCUGCCUAACCUUAAAUCAUCUGUUAUGUUUGAGUCAGAAAUGGAAGAAAAAUUUUAUGACGCUCCAAGCUCUCCGGUGGACGAUUUACCAUUUUUUGAAGCACAAAGCAACUCUUUAAAAAGAAAAAGAAAUCCUUUAAAAAAGCAAGAGUCUGUGAAAAACAUGACUAAUUUUCAACUGAGGUUUGAAAUAAAUGAGGUGUCAAUUCAGUUAUGUCGUCUUUCUGAAAACGUGGAACUGACAGUGUUACAUCUGUACAUUGAGGGACUUGGCACAGAGCUGAACUUGCGAUCGUUUGAUAUGUCAUCCAGUACUUUCCUAAAAGAAAUCUGCUUGAAAUGUCCAGAAUACAUGGAUUCGAAAGACAAACCAGAUUAUAUCAUUACAACUCAAGACAAUUCAGAGACUGAUCUUCUUACCUUGGAUUACAUUAAGGCAGAGAAGAAUGGUCCAGAUUUCAAAAUGCUUUAUAACAAUACAGAAUAGCUUAUAAAGGUGAACUUUAGCUCCCUGGAUGUCCACUUACAUAUAGAAGCACUAUUGAAUGCCAUGAACUUUUUAAGUAACCUCAUCCCACCGUCAGAAAAAGACACAUCUAAAGAAUCUGCCCUUGCAGUUGGACAGGAGAAAAAAGAAGAGACGACUGUAGCCAAGAAAUCAACUCCCAAGAAGCCUAAGUUUGAAGAUGCCAUCAGUCUACAUGUCCUUGCAGACUUGUUAUGCUUGAAAAUUUACCUUCGAGGACAGAAGGGACAGAUUUCAGAGAUAAGCAUUGAAGGUCUUGUCUCGCAGGUAAUCAUGAGAAGGAAGGCAACUGAAGUACUGGCAAAGUUGAAGAACAUUGUUAUUUUAGAUUAUGAUGAGGAAGCUCUUCAUGAAAAGGCUGUAUCCAUUACUGGGAAAGAGGUCUUCAGUUUUAAAAUGAUCUCUCAUGUUGAUGCCACAGAAGGCAAUGCCUACACAUAUAUGAAUAUUGUUGACAGCUGUGUUACCCUUACUGUUGGCUGCAUUCAAGUCAUCUUUGUAAACAAGUUUGUCUCUCCGAUACUAGACUUUAUAAAUAAUUUCCAAACUGCUAAGGAUGCUUUAACAGAGGCCACUGUUUAAGCAGCAGGAAUGGCUGCCACUGGCAUCAUGGAACUUGCAGAACGGAGUACCCGAAUGGCACUGGGCACUGAUGUGAAGGCCCCUGUUGUUUUUGUACCACAGUCUGCAGUGUCAAAUAAUGUUAUUGUGGCUGAUUUUGGCAUCACUGUUAAGAAUCACUUCUCAAUUGUUCAAUCAAAAACUCAUAUUAACAUUCCUCCAGUCAUUGAUGUUAUGAAAUUUGAACUCGGUGACCUUAAAUUAUACCGAACAACCUUUCAGAAUAACAAGUUCCAAUCUGAAAUUGAGUUACUGCAGCCUGUAAACCUGGAUUUAGUAAUUGAACGCACUUUAUCUGCAGCCUGGUUCAAUGAAAUCACAGACAUCAAUAUAAUUGGGCAACUCAAACCAAUGAAUCUUGUACUUGGCCAGGGAGACCUGACUGUUGUGUUAAGGACUUUAAAUGAAAAUAUAGGCGAUAGUUCAGCUGCACCUGCUGCUCCUGCCACAGUGGAUAAAUCAGACAAUGUUUCUACAAAUGGUUCCCAGACAUCUCAACAGAAUGGAGGUACAACUGUGAUCACUGAGGCUGUUGUGGAAACACAAAAAAUUGCAAAACUGAAAACCACUCUAAAACUUGAUUUCCGGUUAGACUCAUUGAAUUUAUAUAGCCCAAAUGGAACACAGGUUCAGGAGCUGGAAUCAAGAGAUGAGCUGUUAAAACUUGCAGAAUUCAAAUUGGGAUUGAUUUCAACUGCUGUCACAGUGUUAUCAGAUAGCUCCAUGAAAGCCUCAGUCAAACUUGCAGACUGUUUGCUGGAUGAUAAACGUCAAAGAGUACAGAAAGCUACUCCAAGAGUUACAGGGUCUAGUUUCACAAACCCUGAUUUGGUGGACAUCGGCUACAGACAAGGAAGAGACGGCAUUGUCAUUGAUACACUCGUUUGUGACCUACACCUUUGCGCUAGCAUGGAGUUCUUACUCACUGUUGCAGACAUCUUUGUCAAGGCCAGUCGACUUAGUUCUGUUCCAGCUCAGAAAAAGAAACUUGUGACAACAGCAACAAAAGAGCAAGUAGCUCCCUCACAACCAGUGUCCAAAAUGGAAAUGAAUGUGCUUGUGAAAAAUCCAGAGAUAGUUUUUGUAGCAGAUUUAACCAGAGCAGAUGCCCCGGCACUAGUGGUUACAACUCAGUGUGAAGUCUGCAUUAAAAAUUACCCAGAAACUCAACAGAUGACUGCUGCCAUUAAGGAUCUGACGGUUGUUGCAUGCCCGUUCCUGAGAGAAAUGAGGAAAAAUAACAUCACUACGAUUCUCCAGCCUUGUGAUUGUGUUUUUUUCAAAGUUCACAGACCUCUUCAACUCCAACUUGGCAUCAAAUGCCUUACACUAAAGGUUUCACCAGUUAUCAUCAACACAGUAAUAACAAUUACAUCAGCACUAUCUCCUGCUGCAGAGAUUCCACAAGAGCUGGAAAGUCCAGUCCCACUUAAUCUCUGGGAUAUAAAGCAAGUUAAUGAUUUAAAACUUUGGUUCCUGGAAGAGAACCAUGAAAAUAAAAACAGCACUGGGGUUCCAUUGGUUCCACAAGGAGAAUCCCUGAAAAUGACAAUUGAAUCAAUAUUCCUUACACUGGAGGCUGGUGUUGGACACAGAACUGUUCCCGUGCUUCUUGCAAAGUAUGCUUUUACAUGCGAUGUGAAAAACUGGAGCACUCUCAUUAACCUCCAAGGUCUUCUUAAUUUAGAGGUACACUAUUACAAUGAGGUUAUGGGUGUUUGGGAACCUCUUCUGGAACCUUUGGAUGAAGAAACCAGUGACAAUUUCAGGCCAUGGAAGAUGAAAAAGAAGCCUGUAGGGUAUACUACAGAGUCGAAUGAGAUGGAUUACAAUCUCCCAGAUUAUAAAACCGUUAUCAACAUCUCUUCAAAAGAUCAGCUCAAUAUAACUCUGUCAAAGUGUGCAUUGGUAAUGCUUGGCAAUCUAGGCACGGCAUUUGCUGAAGCAGCUAGUCAAACCUCAGAAUGUUUCCAGAAAGACCAAGCCCCUUUUGUGAUCAGGAAUUGCUUGGGGAUUCCAGUGAUGGUUUCUCACAGUGAUACAUUCAGUGUAAUUGGUUUGAAUUUAGGAAAGAAAGAUUAUGAGUUGCAAGAUGGAGAGAGUCUAAAUAUGGAUUACUUGAGAACGAUGAGUGGGAAGGACCAGUUUGAGGCAAUGACCAACAUGAGUGGCAAGAGAUAUUCCAUAGAGCCUACUCCACUUGACCAUACUUCUGCUAAUCGAAUUACACUGAUGAAAGUGGGCCGUGGUUUAUAUAGUGUCAUACACAGGGAUUCCGGGGUAACAAGGUUCAUUGUUUGUCAGAUUUACACAGUAGAAGGGAGCAAGGUGAUAACGAUACGCUCUCCUUUUCAGGUUAAGAAUCAUUUCUCAAUACCAUUCAAGGUUUAUGAAGAUGAAAAGCUUCUUGGAAUAGCUUUGCCCCAGGAAGAAUUCUGCAUUCCUUUAACUUCCUAUAGAUCAGUUCUUCGUUUGCAGCCAGUAACUGAAGACAACAAAGUCUAUGAUAAAUCUGAAGGAUUUACAUAUGAACUAAUCGCAGGUCAAUCUGGAGAAUGCCUUCAGUGGAAAUGUCAUAGAUCCAGUGACCAAUCCCUGAUUAUCAAUGUAGUUCCAGUUAAAGAUGAUUUAACGUGCAACAGCACAGAAGAAAAAAUGGACCACCCUUAUACUGCUCAUUUGUGGCCUACUCUUCUACGAAACUUGUUGCCUUAUCCUAUCGGCUAUUCCCUAGAGAAUGCAAGCCCCACUGCCAUUCUGAAGGAAGGACAUUCUGCUCAGAUUCAAACGGCUGUACUGGACCAAUCCAGAUUGGAGUUAUAUGUACUGGACUACCUUAACCAGAACUGGAAGGGACAGUACCACAUUAGAAGUGACCAACCAGAAAUUGACUUUAUUCAGUUUACGUCUCUCAGUGAGGAUGACAGGACAGAGCUAGAUAUUGCGAUCCAUAUGUUAUACAACAUUGGCCAAAUAGUCGUGGCAGUGCAUUCCCCGUACUGGAUGGUAAAUAAAACCGGACGGUUACUCCAGUACAAAGCUGAUGAUGUUUAUCGUAAGCAUCCUGAAGAUUAUGAGAUGCCACUCCUUUUUUCUUUUAAACCAAAUAAUUUUUUUCAAAAGAACAAGGUGCAACUUAUGGUGUCACAUAGUGAACUUUCAGAUAAAUUCUCUCUUGAUACUGUUGGCAACUAUGGUGAUGUAAAAUGUAAAGCCCGGAAUAAAGAUUAUCUUGUUGGUGUGAAAAUAGAUGCCAGCAGCUUUAGCCUGACGAGAAUGGUUACUUUCAUUCCAUUUGUCAUGCUGGUCAACAGAACAAAUCAUCACAUUGAAGUGUCAGAAGAAGGCAAAGACAAAUGGACAGUUACUGAUUCAAAUCAAUCUGUUCCCUUUUGGCCUGAGAAAGAUUCUGCAAAACUCUUAAUCAAAGUUCAAGGUUGUCAGACCCCACCACAAGCAAUAAACUUCAAUAGGCAAGAAAAUUGUAAUUUGCUGCAUUUGGACUACAAGUUUGGAGGAAUUGUUGUGGAUGUCAACCUGACUGAACAUUCAACAAUAAUCAGAUUCUCUGUAGAUGAUGGCUCAGCUCCAUUCUUAAUUAUUAAUCACACCAAAGAAGAAACCUUGGAAUAUCAUCAAAGCUACAGAAAGGGAAAAGAUGAGCUACCACCAAGUAAAGAAAUGUACUACACGUGGGUAGACCCAACGGGUUCAAGACUGUUAAGCUGGAAAUGUGGAAAACAUACAGGGGAACUGAGCCCUGCACAGGAUAAAUUCCUGGAGAUCAAUAGUGCUGAUCCAAAGUUAUACUUGGCAUCAUUUUACAAAGGCCUUCAGAGGGUUGCAUUGUUUAUGGAAGAUGAGAGUGUGUACAAACUUUUGCGUGACAGUGAAAAGGCAGAGCUUGCAGAACAAGAAAUUAUACUGUCUUUGCAGAAUAUGGGAAUCUGAUUGGUUAAUAAUUGUUCCAAUCAAGAAGUGUCCUUUUAUUUAUAAAACAGUUCCAACAUUAUAUGGGAAGCCAAACCAAAGCUCAAGUCUCGAUGGAAACCAAUGCAUGUCAAUCAGACAGAUUUGUUGGAGUCAGCCUUUCGAAAAUAUAUUGAUUCUGGUCCUGUGAAUAACCUAAUUGUGAAUCUUGACUCAAACUUUCAGGUGUGCCUGACACCUACUGGCACUGAUAUGAAAAUCUUGUCCCCCCGUGAAACUGCAAUCAGGAGAAGUUUCUUACCAGCUGUAAAAAUGGAAUACAGCAUCUCGACAUGUCAGAAAUCCUAUAGGGUACAGAUCUACAGGAUACAGAUACAAAACCAGCUUCCUGGAGCCAUCUUUCCCUUUGUGUUGUAUCCUAUAAAACCUCAGUCUGUCACAAUGGAUUCAGAACCUAAACCGCUGGCUGAUGUUAGCAUUGUGACCAGGUUUGCAGGACAUUCAGACAUAUCCCGUAUCAAGUACUUUAAGGUUCUAAUUCAAGAGAUGGGCUUAAAGUUGGACCUGGGAUUCUUGUAUGCCAUGUCUGAGCUCUUUACACAAGACAAUACUGAUGAAACUUCAACUGAACAAAAGGUUGAACUUUUUAAAAAUGAUAAAGAAUACCUUAAGAUGGAGGUGAACACUGUAUCCACCACAGAUACUUCAGCAAUUAGUGUUUAUGAAUAUUUCCACAUCUCUCCCAUCAAGUUGCAUUUAAGUUUGUCACUAAGUACUAGACGGGAAGAUGGAAAUAAGGAAAAACGACAGACUGAAGUCAUUCCUGUUCAGUCCCUGAACCUACUGCUCAUGAGUAUCGGUGUCACUCUAACAGAUGCACACGAUGUAGUGUUUAAACUUGCUUUCUUCGAGUCGACCUACCAGUUCUGUACAACUCGGCAACUUCAGUGGGAGCUCAUAAGACAUUACUCUAAUCAGGCUAUCAAGCAAAUGUAUGUCCUUGUUCUUGGACUGGAUGUCUUGGGCAACCCAUUUGGAUUAAUCAGAGGCUUGUCUGAAGGAUUUGAAGCUUUCUUCUAUGAACCCUAUCAGGGAGCCAUUCACGGACCAGCGGAGUUUGCAGAAGGAAUGGCACUUGGUGUAAAAGCUCUGGUUGGAGGUGCUGUUGGUGGCUUAGCUGGUGCUGCUUCCAGAAUCACUGGUGUCGUGGCAAAAGGGUUUGCAGCCAUGACCUUGGAUGAAGAGUACCAACAGAAGCGUAGAGAUGAGAUGAAUACACAGUCAAGUGGUCUUAAAGAAGGCCUUACUCGGGGAAGCAAAGGUUUAGUGUCGGGAUUUGUCAGUGGUAUCACAGGAAUUCUAACAAAACCUAUAAAAGGUGCCCAAAAGGAAGGAGCAGCUGGAUUCUUUAAAGGAGUUGGUAAAGGAUUAGUGGGAGCAGUGAUACGGCCUACUGGAGGUGUCAUCGAUAUGGCCAGCAGCACUUUCCAGGGUAUUAAAAGGGCAACAGAAUCCUCAGAGGAUAUUGAGAGGCUACGACCUCCACGCUUUAUUCAUGAAGAUGGAAUCAUUAGACCAUACAGGGAAAGAGAAGGUGUUGGCAGCCAAAUACUACAGAAAAUUGAAAAUGGAAGGUUUGCCAAAUACAGAUACUUUGCUCAUGCCAAGGUGAAUGAAACAGACUUUUUCAUGAUCACAAAAAGUGGCAUAUUCUUUGUGACAAAAGGAACAUUUGGACAACUAACUUGUGAAUGGCAAUACUGUUACGAUGAGUUCACCAAAGAGCCAGUUGUAGUUGAUGGCAGACGCUUACGUAUUGAAACAAAGGAGAGAGUAAAGUCUGUGUUUCACUCCAAAGAGUAUGGAAAAAUAAUAAACUUCAAAAGUCCUGACAUUGCCAAGUGGGUUCUAGCCAAAUUAGAAGAUGCAAGAGAUAACCUGCCAAAAUACUGAAAACCCAUAAUCAAGGCUGAUGAAAAAGAACAUCAAAUACACAACUCCCAUUUAGUGCCUUUGAUGUUUCUGAAAUGCAAGAGAGUACCAUACGAUGA